AUGACAACGAAAGAGGCAUUCAAUGCCUCAACAACCGAGGAUGUAGCCCUCGAACACUUGGGCUACCAACAAGAAUUCAAGCGCUCAUACAGCCUAUUCGACAUGGUAGGAUUCAGCUUCAGCAUCGUAACCUGCUGGACAGCCCUAAGCGGAGUAUUCAUCAUCGGCGUCGAAGCAGGCGGCCCACCAGUCAUGAUCUUCGGCUGGAUCGGAGUCUGCGUGUUCACCGUGUUCAUCGCGCUGGCCAUGGCUGAGAUGUGUUCACGCUGGCCUGUGGCGGGUGGUCAAUACUCAUGGGUUGCUAUGCUGGCGCCGCCACGAGUAUCGAGGCAGUUGUCUUAUAUCACCGGGUGGUUUAUGUUGACUGGCAUCCUGGCCAUGGGUGCAGUCAACAAUUCAUUUGGAUCUAAUUACAUCCUAGGUCAAGCGAACCUAGUCUUCCCAGAUUUCGUCAUCGAACGAUGGCAUACAGUCCUAGUCGCCUGGGCUGUGGGACUAUUCGCGCUGGCAGUCAAUAUAUUCGCGCCUCAUGCGUUACAUCGUCUAUCACGCAUAAUCCUACUAUGGAACAUUGCCUCAUUCAUAAUCGUCAUUAUCACUUUGCUUGUAACGAAUAAACAAAAGCAAGACGCAAGCUUCGUCUUCCACGACUUCCGAAACAUGACAGGUUUCGGCGCUGCAAUGGCAACGAUCGUUGGUAUCCUGCAGAGCUUUUUCGGGAUGUGCUGCUACGAUGCACCGAGUCAUAUGACAGAAGAGAUGACGCAUGCCAGUCGAGAUGCGCCCAGGGCAAUUAUUCUUUCUGUUAUUAUGGGUGCUGUGACGGGCUUUGUGUUUCUUCUCACGCUUUGCUUUUGUAUGGGUGAUAUUGGGGCCACGGCGGAUUCGAGUACGGGUGUUCCUGUUAUUCAGAUCUUCUAUGACUCCACGCAUAGUAAGGUUGGGACUUGUAUACUGGCGAGUAUGAUUACUGUUAUUAUCAUCGUGGCUUCUGUUAGUCUUGUUGCUGAGGGAUCACGGUCUGUUUAUGCCUUUGCUCGAGAUCAUGGUCUUCCAUUCUCGGGUUUGUGGUCUAAGGUCGACCCGAGGAAGAAGAUUCCUCUAUAUUCUAUUAUUCUUACUUUGGUGGUGCAGCUCGCUUUGAAUGCGAUUUACUUUGGGACGGUGACUGGCUUUGAGACGAUUGUCUCACUUGCUACUACAGGAUUCUAUGUCUCAUACGGCCUUGCCCUGUUUGCGCGGCUAUUGGGCUAUUUCUUUGGUCACCAAACUUCCUCUUUCGAGGGAUCAUAUUCAUUGCCUCUUCCGUUGUCAAUCAGCUUCAAUGUUAUCGGCUUGGUCUUUUUGCUGUUUGCUUCUAUUACAUUCAACUUCCCUUCUGGGGCUCCGGUCACCUCCGAUUCAAUGAACUAUACCAGUGCUGCUAUCGGACUGGUGACAAUACUGAGCUUCAUAACCUGGUUCACUACCGCAAGGAAACGCUUCACUGGGCCAUCGGACGUCAGGAACCUAAUUUUGAACAGUGUGGAAAGCCCGUCGCUAUUGGAGUCUAAGCAUACUGGCUCCAAGGAGAGUACGGAAAGUAAAUAG